AUGGAAAGUGGAGUAGGGCGCAUUCAACUCCCGCCGGGAAGCACAGCCGAAGAAUACAGGGAGGCAAUUGCGAAACAACCCAAGGUUCGGAAAUGGUGGAAGGCGGAUAAUUUCGAGAACGGCAAGACUUACAGAAUUGGGUUUGAUGAGGGAUCUGCCAUCAAGAAAUGGUUUGAAGGCAGCACGGAAGAGCUUCUUCGCAAGCCGUUAGAUGACAGGACUGAUGGCAAGAUGAACAAGGAGCCGGUCAUGAUCAAUGCAGAAGAUGAAAGUCUCGUGGAAGAAACCUCUGCAUACGCAAAUAUCUAA